AUGCACUCCUUUCUCCCAUUGUCUCUCUUUUCUAUUUUUAUCUCGUUCUGGCUCGACUCCUCACAUUUUCAUUCAUACUCACCCCCUCUAACUCAGUGUCACCCGUCUCCUAUCUUCUUCUCAUCUCAUCAUAUUCACCCUCUCUUAUUAAUUUCCCCUUCUUUCUUUAUCCCCUAUCUCUAUUUGUUCCUCUUCUUCCUCUCUAACACAGUGUCACCCUCCUCCUAUCUUCUUCUCAUCUCAUCAUAUUCACUCUCUCUUAUUAAUUUCCUUCUUUAUUUAUCCCCUAUCUCUAUUUGUUCCUCUUCUUCCUCUCUAACACAGUGUCACCCUCCUCCUAUCUUCUUCUCAUCUCAUCAUAUUCCUCUCCGCCCUUCCUUCUCCCUAAAUAAUUUCCCCUUUUCUUUAUCCCUCAUCUCUAUUUGUUCCUCUUCUUCUUCUAACACAGUGUUUUCAUCUCAUCAUAUUCACCCUCUCUUAUUUCCUCUUUCUUUAUCCCCUAUCUCUAUUUGUUUCCUCUUUUCCUCUCUAACACAGUGUCACCCUCCUCCUAUCUUCUUCUCAUCUCAUCAUAUUCACCUUCUCUCUUCCUUUAAUUCCCUUCUUUCUUUAUCCCCAUCUCUAUUUUGUCUCUCCUUCUCCUCUAACACAGUGUCACCUCCUCCCUAUCUUCUUCUCAUCUCAUCAUAUUCACCUCUCUUAUGUUUUGAUCACCCUCUUCCUUCUCCUCUAAAUGUCACCCCUCCUCCUAUCUUCUUCUCAUCUCAUCAUAUUCACUCUCUUAUGUUUUUGAUCACCCUCUUCCUUCUCCCUCUUCUUCUUUAUCCCCUGUCUCUAUUUGUUCUCUUCUUCCUCUCUAACACAGUGUCACCCUCCUCCUAUCUUCUACUCAUCUCAUCAUAUUCUUUCUUAUUAAUUUCCCCUUCUUUCUUUAUCCCCUGUCUCUAUUUGUUCCUCUUCUUCCUCUCUAACACAGUGUCACCCUCCUCCUAUCUUCUACUCAUCUCAUCAUAUUCAUCCUCUCUUAUUAAUUUCCCCUUCUUUCUUUAUUCCCUGUCUCCAUUUGUCCCUCCUCACCCUCUAUCUUCAUCUCAUAUUCAUCUUACAAUUUCACUCUCUUUUAUUCUUCCAUAUCUCAUUUUUGUGGUUCAUCCUCUACCCUCUUUAACUCAAUGUCACCCGCCUCCUUUUUAUCUUCAUAUUCACCCUUUCCCAUUCACUAUCUGUAUUAUUCUUUAUUCAUUCUACUCCUCUUCUAACCUAAUUUCACUCUCCUCCAACUUCCUUUGUAACCUUACUUCCCUCUCAUUUGCACCCUCUCUCAUUGUUCGUCCAUUAUCUUCGUUAUCGUCCUCCCCACCACCAUUAAUACAGUUUCACUCGCCUCCUCCUAAUUUUAUUUGUCCAUUUAUCUCCUCAUCCUUUUACUCUCCACUAUGCCACGUCUUGUUUAAAGGGCAAACGUUGAUCACGCUUGCGGACAAUCUAUCCCACCAUGCAAUACUCUUCACACCGGCUUUUCAGCCUCGUUUUGAUAGGCCUUCUUUUUCCGUCCAUUGCUUUCUGUUCUUUCCGCUUUCAAACGAUCCUUUCUUUCUUUUCUUCCUUCACAUUGAGGUUUCAUUCUCCUUUUGCAUUGCAUGUUCUCAAUCAUCAGGUACAUGUUUCCAAUUUUUCAUUCCUUUCUUUUUUUUUCUUUUUUCUUCUAUCUCCUUCUUUUCUUUUACAUUAUCUUCUUUAUUCUUAUACAGAACAACCUUGUUUUUUUUAUACUUCAUUACCGUUUCUAUUUUCAUACUCUGUAUUUCAUUUCUUUCUUUCUUUCUUUCCUUCUUUCUUUCCCUCCUUCCUUCUUUCUUUCUUUCCUUCUUUCUUUCUUUCCUUCUUUUUUUCUUUCUUUCCUUCUUUCUUUUCUUUCUUUCUUUCUUUCUUUCUUUCUUUCUUUCUUUCUUUCUUUCUUUCUUUCUUUAUUUCCUUCUUUCUUUUCUUUCUUUCCUUCUUUCUUUCUUUCUUUUUUUCCUUUUCGUCUCUAAUUUAUUUUUUAUUUUCCUUAUUUCUAUUUUCAUACUCUGUGUUUCAUUUUUCUUUCUUUCUUUCUUUCUUUCCUUCCUUCCUUCUUUUCUUCUUUCCUUCUUUCUUUCUUUCUUUCUUUUUUUCCUUUUCGUCUCUAAUUUAUUUUUUAUUUUCCUUAUUUCUAUUUUCAUACUCUGUGUUUCAUUUUUCUUUCUUUCUUUCUUUCUUUCUUUCUUUCUUUCUUUCUUUUUCUUCUUCAUUUCCACGCAUUUUAUAUAA